AUGGCUGAGAAAGGGUCAGGGAUGGCCACGCUUAGAUUCACAAGCAUCAUAGUUUGUGCUGUUUUACUCGGACAAGGAGCCCCUGAGAAGACAGGAGGGAGUAAAGAGGACCAGAGAGAAGCCAUUCUGAGGGAGAUCAUUUCAAGAUGGAGUAAAGGAAACGGUCAGAAUCCACAGAAACCUCCUCCGGAAACAGACAAGGAGCAGUCUGUGCACACUUGGGUGAGGAACAUCGUAGGGAGCCUGAAAACACUCGGUCUACUUCCCGCCAAGAGCCUGCCUUCGCUGAACAAGCCGAUUGACAGACACCGUCUCUCUGGCUUCCUCUACAACAUCUCUCUGUACCUCCAGGAGAUGGGUGCUGAGCUGGAGGAGCUGCCAGAGGAGCCCGAUGAGGAGCAGCUGUGGGAGAAGGUGCUGCAUUACUUUCUCCAGUCCGAAGGGAGCGCUGCAAUGAACCAGUGGAACGGCCGGGUGCCACCCAGGCCCAGUGUCAGGGUGCAGGACUGGUUUCUAUCCCUGAGAGGCAGCCCGCACUGGGACUGGCUGCUGGGGCUGCUGCAGAGUCUCAUCACUCUGUCAGAGCGUCAGUCCCACAGGAACAUCUUGAGUUUCUUAUCUCAGAACUGGAGGACAGUGAGCGCUGUGCUGGAGGCUGCGCUUCAGGCUCUGGUCAGUGGGACGUAUGGCCAGGCCAGCGCAGGCCUGCAGGGCUUCAUCUGCGCUCUGAAGGGUCGUAAUGACUGUGCCUUCAGUGUUAGCUGGCUGCAGCAGCUGCUGCAGUUCCUGGAAACACGCAACUGGAAGCCUGUGGUCAGUUUACAUCCAGCAGGAGAAGCCGCCGAACACAACAAGGGCACGGGCGGGUAUGGACGUUUGAAGCCCUUCAGCUUGCUUCCUGAGGCCAUGAGGCAGGAUGGGUCGUCUGGGAAUGCAUCUGUGGACGAAAGGAUGGCCACAGAGGACGAGCCAGACUCCAUGCAAAGCUUACUGCUGCAGGCUUUAUCACGUUCAGGUGGAGGAGAGCGAGCAGGACAUUUGGCUCAGAAAAAUGUAGCUCUUGUGCAGAGUUUGGAUGGGCUGAGGACGGGCCUUCUGCACAGAGUGGGGAGCUCCGUCUACGGUAACCUGAGGAAGAAGGUGUCACGAGUUACCAUGGCGCUGCUUGAUGACGUCAGCAGCCUGGUGGAGGUGCCCCAGCCCAACCCUCAGGGCCGGUGCUCAGUGGGGGAGAAUGGUUCAGUUGAUCCUGCAAUUGCUCAGAUGGGGCUCGACCUGCAUGCUACAUGCUCCGAUGCAGCUUGGUACCUGUCUGCUGCUGAGGACGACUUCCUUUGGGUUCACGUCUGCAGUGAGUUCUUUGCUCAUGAGUUCAACAACACAGUGUGUGCCAACUCCUCUUUCUGGCUGCAGAGAGCACAUCAGGCUGCACUGACAAAGGAUUAUCAUUUUUUUAACCAAACAAGUAUAGACGACCUGUGCGUGCAGCUCUCAGACGAGGCAACGGGAAGUCCAGGGCUCAGUGACAACUGUCUGGCUCAGCUGGGCAGCAGGUCGCUCAGUGCCCAGGCUUUCAGAAACUGCUUCCUUCCAAACAACUCAGUCCUGACCUCAUCUCUGUGUGGCAGAGACUCCUCUGACUCACACCGGUCUUUGCCAGAAGGCAGCUGGGCCGCGGCGUACUGCUCCAAGAUGCACAACGUCUCCCACGAGGACGCCCCUGUGGAGACUUGUCAGUACAGGGAGUGGACCGUGCAUCAUUUCACCAACUCCACUCUCCUGCAGCUCUGCGGACAGACACACGGACUGAGAGAGUACGUCUGUCUGAACGCCACGCUCUACCAUCAGCUGUUAAGAUUAAAGCCUCAGCUCGCUGAUGUCUGUGCUGAUCUGCAGGCAGAGCAGGAGGCCAGGAAGUGCUUCCUGCAGAGGUUUUUCGACAUGCUCCCAGCGCCGUAUGAGUUUGACACAUCGCAGCUGUGCGUGGACCCGGCCACGCAGCUGGCAGACGUCGUGCACAAGCUGAGCGUGUGUGAGGUCGAGGGAGGAGAGCGCGAGGGUUUUUUAGUGGCUCUGGGAUAUGUGCUGCGAGUCUUGGACUUCAUGGUUGGCCUCUCUUCAGGGCUGGAUGAAGGGGAAAGAGAGGCGAGACAAGGUCUGGGUCAGGCCAUCCUCCUCUCCAGCCUCCUCGAUAACACGUCCUGGUCCACGCUGCAGCCAGAAGCGUCCAUGAGCGUCCUUCACACAGUGGGAGUCUUCCUGCGCAGAGAGCAGAACACCAGCCUGAAAGAAGACCUGCUGAGCUGCUUCAGUCCUGUCCUGUGGGACCUCAUCCAGCAGGAUGACAACUCAUCUGCACUCAGGGUUCUGCUGCAGGAAUACCUCCAGAUGCCCAGAGACAGCAUUCGUACUUUGGUGAUGUCUGCUGAAAAAGAUGCAGUCAAGAGAUUUCUCUCCCAUAUGCAUCAGAGUUGGGACCAGCUUCAAGUAGAAACCAGCCAGGCCUCUCAAAAGGAGUUGCAGGCCAUGGAAACAAUGACCGCGGCUUUCAUCCAUAAGUUCCCCCGAGUGACCCCAGAGCUGUUCGUGGACCUCUCUCAGUUCAUCCCCUUCAUGUCCGUCUCCGACAUCAUGAGCUUUCCGGCCUCACUGAUCGUCAACGACAGCGUGUUGACGGCCAUUCGUGACCACAGCUCAGGGAUGAAGUCGCCGCAGAAAAAAGCGUUUGUAAAAAGACUCCUGCAGUCGAGCGUGGUGGGGGAUGUCCCUACGUGGCCACCGUACUUCCUCAGCUCCAUCCUCCCACUUCUGCCUUACCUCCCAGUCAGUCACUUUCAGCAGCUGACAUCGCAACAGCUUACUCCUCUGGUGGAGUUGCUAGGCAACAGCAGUCUGGAUGGUGUAAGGGGGCGCCAUGUGCUUCGGACCCUCUUCGGCAAAAAGAAGAAUCUAACCAGUGAUAAUGUAAUGAGAUUAGGAGUCCUUGCGUGCUACCUGGAUCCGGCAGACUUGGGUUCGUAUCUCCAGGACUCAGCUGUGUCCUCUGAUCUGUGGCUGCAGCUGUCUCAGUGCAUGUCCAAGGGCUUCAUCAGCGCUCGUGGCCGGUUGUCCGACUGGUUGAUUCCGACGGUUCAGACCUUGAAUGCCAGCAGCAUGGCUUCUCCAGAGCUGUCUGCUCUCAGCGGGUUGCUGCCGCAGUUAGGAGCUUCCUUUCUCAUGUCUCUGCCUUCACAACAACUCCUGGAAGUCCUGUCACAACCAGGAUUACGCAGAUAUUCCCCAGCACAGGUCAGCAGGGAAGGAGUUUUUCUUUUCCUAUUCGGCUUCUUAUCUUUCUUUCUUUCUUCUUCCGUUUUCUGUGGAAAAAAAACAUGCUUUUUCCUUCAGUCAUUGGCUGUUUCUCGUAAAUGCUGCAUGAAACUACAGCAGACCCAGAGUCUGAUUCGAGGGAUUGUCAAGGCACGAAGCAGGAGGGCAAAAGUGCCAGUUCCAAGCUGUGCAGACAUUAGAGGGACGUUUCCUUCAGCUUGGACACCCACUCAGCUCAACCGUAUGUCACAGGAGGAGCUGAAAAAGUGCGUGGAAGUUUUUGGUUGGGAUUCUUCACUGAGCUCUGAACAGCGCCGGUCACUGUGGGUGAAACUCAAGCAGUCCUUCGGUCCGGUGAGGGAGCUGAGAGCCGAUCAGCUGCUGGCGUUGGGCUCGGUGGUGACCGAGAUGGGAGAGAGGGAGCUGCAGGAGGCCAACCUCACCGAUCCUGGUGUGUUGGCUCAUCUGGGCACGCUGACGGACUGGAGCCCUAAGAAGACGCGAGCCGUGAUUUUAAGCGUGAUGCGCAAACGCAAAUUGAAAGUGGAGCAGUUAACAGCUGUUGAUUUGGCGACUUUUGGCCAUCUGAUCUGUGGUCUGCAUCCCUCUGAAAUCAAAAGAUUGAGCCCUUACAACCUCAGUAUGGCUGUCCUGUUCCUGCGGGACACGUCCCUGCCAUGCACAGAACAGCAGAUGGAGGCGUUGACAAGCUGUUUGUCCAGACCGGAGGCCUUUGGUCCAGUUAGUGCUUGGGGACCGGAAGUUUUCACUGAAAUUGGGACAUUGGCAGCGGGUCUGCCCGACUUGGUUCUGUCAGCUCUGCUACAAGAACAAGUGGAGGGAAUCACCCCCGAAGCUGUUGCAUUGAUGCAACCCAAAAAGAUGGCAGUGGUGUUUAGUGCAGUUCAGUUGUCGUGGCUGAGCUCAGAGCAGGCGUGGGCCGUCACCGACGAGCAGUGGGCAGAGCUGGACACCGAACAGAGACACGCUGUUGGACUGGCUCGCUAUGAAGGAGACGUCCUGCUGGAGCUGAGAGGGAGGAACUCGGCUCCAGCAGCCCUGAGCGCAGAGAGCCUCGCUUUAUGCUCGCUGGCUCUGUGCCUCUUGUUAUGGCAACUCAUUUAAAAUGGUGGAACAACAUUUAAUUGUCCCUUCGACCUCCCUUGGUAUCAUAUUUGUACCUCAAAUAAAUAUUUUGAACUGUACCGCU